GAGCUUUGUUCAGAGAGUGCGCUACGCUGGGCGGUGCAGUUUGGCCAUGAGGACCAAGCAGAGACCACAUCAUUAUGUUGCAGCCAAGCUGUGACAGGCAAGAGGAUGCGCCAGCUAUUGGAGUGCAUUGCGCAGCUUGAUCCCGACCGCGCUGCAGAUUGCGCAGACUUGCAAAGCACACGGUAUGCCAUCCAAGGCUGUAAGGUACAAAGCAUUGCCAUCAUGAAAGGUUUCACCACGUUUUUCGAUGCCAAGCGUACAGGAUUCGGCGGUUUCGCCGCGGGCUUCGCGGCGGGUGCCGCUGCAGCUGCGGCGGGCCGGGGGGAAGCCGUGCCGCAAGGCCCGGUGGUCGGGGAAGCCGAGCGGUGCGGUCGCAGCCUCCAAGGCGGCGUCGCUGGCUUCUCCUCGUGGCUUUUGAUGAUGGCGCAGAGCCUUUUCGAUGUGAGCACUGAUGAUGUCGUGCGCCGUCUGAAGCUGAUCGUGCAACGCACUAACUCAACUCUGGUGCGGUUCGAGGAGCUCCGUGCACGACCAGACUUUUACGGCCCUUUCUGGGUUGCCACCACAGCAGUCCUCUUCCUGGCCGCCACCGGGAAUUUUGCUAGGCUGAUUGAAUCUCCACAUCCCAGCCUCUUCAAGGCGGACUAUAGCUUGGUGCCUUUGGCUGCCAGCAUCAUCUACGGGACUCAGACUCAGCGUGCAGACGCUUCAGCUAAGGGCCACGUUCCGUCUGUAUUCUUCACAGAUGAAGAGGUGGCCAACAUCGACUUCAAGAAGAUUGUUUGCGUGUGUGGGUAUGGCCUUGCACCUGCAAUACCUGUGUCCAUACUGUGCAUCAUUCCGGUUGGGUUCCUACGAUGGCUCUUCGUAAUGGGAGGUCUUGCGCUGUCGCUCCUUUUCCUGAAGUCGAACUUGCUUCAGGAGAUUUCAGUCAAGGUGUGGGAUCCUGAGGUGGCUACUUGCUUUGCUCAAAGCGCACAGCCCUAG